CUCUCCCUCUCUCUCUCCCUUUCUAAAUCUCUCUCCGAUUCUCUUCCUCAUCUCUACAGCGUCUCUCUACCAUGAGUUCGUCGGAAUUUGUAUCGGAGACGCCGGAGUUAGGGUCGGAGAAGCCGGUAAAGGAACCUAAGUCGUCGAAUUUGGAUUUGGUGUUGUCUACUAAAACCCCAGACAAGCCGGCGAGUCUUCUCGGCCGGUCUCGGAACAGCGACGUCUCCGUUUCUCUACGAUAUGUCCGACGGCCGGCGGAUACUGGGCUACGGUUAUAUAAAGAUCGGACCGGGCAGAUCAAAUCCGCCAAGAGGCAGAUCUUGUCUUCGCCUCGUAAGUCUGAGGGUUCCGUGAAAUUGCCCGAAAGGUUUGAGAUUUUGGGUGAUUUUUUCAACGGAUUGGACACCUCGAUUCGGUUGCUGAAAUUGAGGGGAUGUUUGACGACCUUCACCAACAUUUCACCCAAAAUCGAGUGCCUAACUAAUCGGAGAAUCUUGUAUGCCCAUUUGGCUCAAAUGAAGCAUAUUUUUCCUGAAGCUAUUCAGAUAAAGAGGGUUCUGAAGUAUGAUGAGGGUACUUGUUGUACGAAUCCUGAUCUUCAUAUUACACUAAACACCGAUGCAAUCCCGUAUGAUGAAUCAAAGCAUGAAAGCAAGAACAUGGCACUUAGAAAUAUGUUCCGGAAACGGCUUUCAGACUUUUUCAGAGCUCAUCCUAAGGGUGAAAUUCCAGAAGAAAUGCUCCCCGAACCAUUCAAUCCUUCGAAAACAUCGAGAGUUCAAAGUUUGAACAUUCCCGAGAACUCAGUUGAGCAAGAUCAUCAUGGCUUGUCUGUUGUAGCAGCAACUUCUACCAAUGCAGCUGAGUUUUUGGCAGCACCAACCUGCACUGAAUCAACCAUACUUGCUACUCCAACCAAAGAUUCAUCUGUUUCCUCCAAAGACAUGGCCUCAACACCGGUUCAACAUGCUUCCACCCCAGCCCGUCUCAUGAGUGCUACACCGGCUCUUCAGCCAUCCAAAAGAUGUAUAAUGUUGAGUCCGGAUGAUGACUCAAUCGGGUCACCAAAAAAGCUGGUUAGGCGUCCAUCUCGUACUAGAUCACUGAGAUUUGAGGAGGAUGGAAAAGCUGAUGAUGAAGAUACCAAUGGUGAGAAAUUUGGUGUUAAUGAAAGGAAAUCCUGUGACAAAGAGACUGAUGAAGAGGCGGAAGAAGAGGUCGAUGAGAAAAUCAAUGAAGCAUUAAACGUAAUGUCUGAUGCAUCUAAUGACAAUGAUGAGGAUGAUGACCUUGUAGGCUUACUUCCCGAGAGUCUUCUCCAGUCGAUAAAAGAGAGAGAGAAGGCGGCAGCCAAGGAACGAGAUCCAGCAAUCUCAUUAGCGAAGCGGAGAAGGCGGAUUAUCGCUGGACUACCGAAGCUCUUUAAUCUCAUUCACUUCUUGUUUCAGUCGACGAGGCGUACAACCAUAACGAAAGAGGAGCUUUUAUACAAGAUUAUUGCGGGCCAAAUCAAUACAACAGAUAAAAAAGAGGUAGAGGAACAAUUAAGUGUGAUGCUUGAACUUGUCCCCGAAUGGAUCUCCGAAACCAAAGCAUCUUCCGGGGAUUUGCUUGUUCGUAUCAAUAAGAUGUCGGAAGCUGAAGUCAUACGUGCACGACUCGGAGAAGCAACUAUGCCAAAGAUUUCUACAGAUUCUUGAGGUUAAUAACUUAAGAUCUCUCUAUAGUUCAUAAUUUGUCUAUGGUUAAUUAGCUAACUAUAUGUAAUAAUACACACAUAUGAGGCUUCUUUCGCCGGUUUUAUCAAUGAUGUUUGAAUCUAUCAAUUUGUCUCAUGGAUAUAAUACACAAGUGAAAGUUCCAUAGUUUCCAA